GCGAAGAGGGGCGGAGACUCCGGUUCCUCGCGGUGAGCUGAAACUUGCGGAGGAAGAAGCGGUCGCCAGAACUGAAAAAAGCCAUGGCGGAGGCGGCAGCCGAGAAAGCUUACUACAGAUUCCUUGUGCUCUUCUUCAAUUGCCUCUUGACCUUUGGCUCUUACUUCUGCUUUGAUAUCCCCAGUGUUUUGCAAGAGCAGUUUCAAGGGAAUCUAACCUGUCCCAACGGCACGCACCACAAUGGCACAGGGCAUAAUGGAACUGACUGUGUGGAAGGCCUGGGAAUGACGCCUGAAGAGUACAAUCUUCUGUAUGCUAUCUAUGCCUGGACCAAUGCACUGGUGGUGAUCAUGGCUGGCUUCUUAAUUGACAAACUGGGGAAUCGCUUUGGUGUAUUUCUCUUCUCUUUCCUCACUGUCCUGGGAUCAUCCAUAUUUGCUCUGGGCUCUCACUUCAGAGGAACGCCGUACCUCUUGCCACUGAUGCUGACAGGCAGGUUGCUUUUCGGCUCUGGAAACGGGUCACUGACAAUUGUGCAGAAUCGUAUCACAGCCUUCUGGUUCAAGGGGAAAGAGUUGGCUCUGGCAUUUGGGCUAACACUCUCCUUUUCCCGGCUCGGAAGUGUCCUCAACUUCUUCUUCACCCAGCAGUUUGAAAGUCACUUUGGCAUCCAGUGGACUCUCUGGGGAGGGACUUUGUUAUGUGUCCUGGGCUUUCUUUCUGCUGUCGUCGUCAGUGUGCUGGACAAGAUGGGCAUGAAGCAGCUCGGAUUGGAUGGAGUUAUCCAGCAAGAGUCCAAGAAAGUGCGGGUUCAGGAUGUCCGACACCUACCUCUUCGCUAUUGGCUCCUGGUCCUGACCAUCAUGUUUUUCUACAACGGGAUCUUUCCUUUUGUGGCAGAUGCCAGCAAGUUUAUCCAAGAUAAGUACCCUGGCUACAGCCAACAGGCAGCUGCUUACAUUGCUGGGGCGGUUUACGACAGCUCCCUUGUUCUCUCAGCGGCAGUGGGCAUACUGAUCGAUUAUGUUGGACUGAGAGGUAUAUUUGCAGUUGGCUGCGCAGUGUUGACUUUGCCCGUCUUUGCCCUCUUGGCUUUCACGUUUGUUCCUCCACUUGUCUCUACCAUCUGGCUGGGCAUUACCUACUCCUUUGCAGCAGCUAGCAUGUGGCCCUCUAUACCCCUUGUGGUCCCCCAGGCAACCUUGGGGACAGCCAUGGGGCUUGCAACAUCAGUACAGAUGAUUGGAAUUGGCCUCUCUAAUGUGAUUGUGGGACGGAUUCUGGGAACCAAGUCGAGUGAGUUAAAGAUCCCAUUGUGGCGAUGGCAACAGAUGAUGGUCUUCAUGCUGGCAAACACCAUUGCUUGCAUUGUUGCCUCCAUUAGCCUCAACAUAGCGGACAUGAAGCAGGGUGGAACAUUGAACCGCUCAACAAAGCGCUCAUCAACAGAGGAGCCUGCCAGGCAGCCUGUAGACACAGCCCCACUCCUCAGUGAGGUGGAAGAUGAAGGAUCCAUCAACUAGGAAGCCCUCUGUGCGCUACUGUCUAAUAUUUCAUUAAGGAAUCUAAACACAAGUCCAACUUACAGUACAGUCCCUUUUUAGGCCCUCAUAUACAUGCAAGUUGGGCUUAUGUAAGGAACAAAAGGGAAAUCUUACACUACGGGGUUCUACAAAUCUGCCAUGUGCCAAGAAAGCCUGUAAUACUGCCUCUUGGGAACUGGAGCUGUUUAACUGCGGUCAUAGAAGAAUACUUCAACAAGAGGACAGUUAUUUCCAGCUCCUGGUUCUCCAGUAUAGGCAGAAUUUUUCUGUAUGUUGUAGUUUGAAAAGCACAGAAGCAACCCUAAUGGAAAAGUCAAAUCCUACUGAAAUCAAGGGGAAUUCAGUGAGUAAAUUUGCAAGUUACCUCUUUAUCAUAUAAGACCCACUUAAGUAUUGGGAUAUUCAAAACAUGUCUUCUUAGAAUCUCUGCUGCAGGCCUAGAUAUCUAUCCUGUUAUUAUGUUUGCAGGUAGUGUGGACAUCCCCUUCAAAUGUAGCACAAUCUCUUGGUGAACAUGAACCUCAAAAAGCUAUGGAAUGAACAGGAGUCAGUAUUAUUUCAUGCUGGUUCAUGCCCAUGUCUUGACCUAAUCUGUUUUCUAUUACACAUAGGCCCCAAACAAAACCUACUGUGUAUGCACACCGAUUCCUUGGUGUUAGCCAAAAUAACAAAUAAGAACUGCAGCAAAAUACUGCAGUGUGGACUGCUCCAGUUCAAGGUUAUAAGACCACAAGAGCAGUCCUUGCUAGGUCUGUCCAAAGGCCCCUCCAGUCCUGUAUUCCUUUCUCACAGUGACUAAUCAGAUGUUUAUGGGAAGCCCACAAGCAUCACCUGAGCACAAGAGUGUUCUCUCCACCUGUCAUUCCUGGCAGUUGACAUUCAGAGGCAUACAGCGUCUGAAAGCGAGGGAGACUAUAGAGGAAAGGGCUAUCACUACACCUUGUGGUAGUUCUAACUAUGCUCUGUCAGUGUUGCAGUCAGCCAUGCCCUUUUCCAGAAUGCUUUAUUCCAUCCCAAGAUGGCUACUCACUGGGCAUCCACUCCUUAGCAUUUCCCUCAAGCUGCUACUAUCUGCCUCUUGUAGUGCUUAGAUUGACAAUUGGAGAGUGAGCUUGCUAUUAGUAUAUAGGACAUACUUAUUUGAUGGUCUUGGAAUUCUUGACAAACAUAAGUGCAAAUUGAUCAAGAUCCACUAUGGAGAAGUUUUCAGUGAGUUGGUUGCCUGUUUGCAAAUUCCUACAUUCUUGCAUUGCUGGGGGUUGGACUAGAUGACCCUUGGGCUCCCUUCCAGCUCUACAGUUCUACGAUUCUGUGAAACAGAUAAUGCUAGCACCUUCCUUCAGGCUAUUAAAUCUUGCCAAAACUUA